AUGUCUGUACGUCUGCGCCGGCAAACAAAUGGGCACUGCCCAAAGGGUUAUUCCUGGUAUAGAUGUGCCAAAGGGCCUUUUGCAGGAUGUUGCGACGAGGACCCUUGCGACACUGGGAUAUGUCCCAAUCCUCUGACUGUCGACUCGUCCAGUUCAACAACUCCAGCAGAAAUAACUUCGAGCAAGGAGACUUCGGACACAACAAGUACUACUUCUUCAGGAUCCUCUCCUUCAAUCACGUCGCAAACAACCACGACCUCCAUGACGGCGAGGAUUUCUCCAUCGCCAACAUAUAGCCUCAGUUUCACGACAAGUACACUCAAUAACCCUAACCCAGCUCAAACAUCAAUUACGGAACCCCUUCAGACACCUCAAGCGGAGAGGUCAGGCCUUGCUACAGGUAGCCUCUUCGCCAUAAUCGUUCCGAUAAUUGCUGUCAUCAUAAUCGUACUUGUACUUGCGGUGUGUUGUUUUAAGCGGCGGAAGAAACGGCUGGCUGGACAAGUGCGAGGCACGACUCCGGUGUCUAAACUGAAUGGGUUCAGAAGCAGCUGUCUGGCUCCCGCUCUUGAGUUACUCAAAAGCGCGAAGCCACAGACAAACGACAGCCGAAGUUCAAGCGGUGGAACGCAAGAUAUACAUGUCCAAAGCAAGAUCAAAGAGCUCCAUGACAAAGGUGCUACCGCACCGGAUUCCGCGGCUUUGUCCGCAAGUCCAGGAUUCAGCAACAAUUCGCCGUCCCUGGGACCUGCACCACCUACAUAUAGAAGCUCCCCGAAUCCUCUAUACGACGAACAAAUCCCCAUCAGGCCAAUGGAGCUUCCAGGUUCCUUCCCCCAAGGGCCCCCUAUUGAACUGGACGAUACAAGCUGUGAACGAGUUGCAGAACUUUCAACUCCAGCUCAGCAAGCCUUGAUCGACAUCCCGCUGUCUCAGAGAACAGUUUAUAUCUGCCCGAAUAGGCGAGAAACAACAACAUCAUCUGCGAACGGGCCAUUGAGCAUAACAACGCACGACGGCGUUGUUCUGGCGCCAAAUUUGAUGUGUAGUUGUGGCCAACGACACCAUUCUGGAGCAACCGAUCAUGUAACGAGCUUUAUGGAUUAUCAGUCGAAUAUUAAACCUCCUCGCUAA